CCGCAAGGCAAUCGAACCACACAAUGGCGUGGAGAAAUCAAGGCAUAACCGGCUCCAAUAAUAUUCCCUUGGGAAAGCGCCGGUUUGGAGCCGACCCCGAAGACAGCAGCAGCAAAAAUGGCAGCGCGUCGCCAAAUGGUCUUGCGAACGGCGACCGCGAUGCUAAGCGCGGUCGGAGCCCUGAACGUUCCGAACACGACGGCCCGAGACGUCGCAAGAAGCGCAAUCGCUGGGGCGAAGCGACGGAGAACAAGGCCGCUGGGCUCAUGGGCCUGCCGACUGCCAUCGUCGCCGACAUGACUAGCGAGCAACUGGAAGCCUAUACUCUCCAUCUGCGUAUCGAGGAAAUCACGCAGAAGCUCAAGAUUGACGAUGUCGUUCCCGCCGACGGAGACAGGUCUCCGUCGCCUCCUCCGCAGUACGACAAUCACGGCCGCCGUAUCAAUACUCGGGAAUAUCGCUACCGGAAGCGCCUUGAGGAUGAGCGCCACAAGCUGAUCGAGAAAGCCAUAAAGACCAUCCCUAACUAUCACCCGCCCGCAGACUAUCGCCGGCCGACCAAGACUCAGGAGAAGGUCUACGUCCCGGUUAACGACUAUCCAGAGAUCAAUUUCAGUAUGAUUGCUAACCCUCUAACCUCUUCUAACCACUCCAAACUCCCCUCACCCUUGGUACUUUGCCAGGCACUUGUGUCGGCAUCCUGCUGUGAUGCUGUGCCUCGCGGGCUAACCCUUGGACUCUAACUCGCUCACGAACUUUUUGUUUUCUUC